CGCAUUGUUACUGCUGUGCAGACCGGACUUGCAUACGAUGUCGAAUCGCUGAGCCCGCCGUCUCUGAAGAACGCUACAGAGGGGCUUUGCAACAACAGCAUAUCCAUGGUACGCUGUUACGAGCGCAACAAUGACUUUCACUUCGAGCUACAAGAGCGCAUCCACGUCACUAUCCCGGAUGAAGGAACGCCGAUUUGUUCGACCUGCCCAAACAACGGUCCUCGCGCUUGUCGACACAUCUGGUGGGUAGACGAUCAGAUUCUGAGCACUGCUGUACCUCGUGAAGCCAGGUCUCGCUUCAAGUACCAAAUCUCCAAUAAAGGGGAGGCUGCCCGUGAGGCUGAGGAUGAUGAGACUCUGAAUUUCCAUACUUGGCUGCAAGACAAGGGUCUUGGGAACCUUGCUCGGCGUGCAGGUUGGUGGAAGCAAGAUCCCAUGGAUCAGCAAGACACUAGAUUGGUUGAGCAAACCGCUACCCAUAUCCUGUCGACUUUCGAGCCUUGCGGGAACGAAGUGAUCAAGCAGGUCAAGUCACAGCCAUUCCUGCUCAUUGCGCUGGGAGCAGCUGUCCCCGAAGAAGAGCGAGAUUUCUUGCAUCUCACAAAAAUCCACAGUCGUAUCGAACGGAUUUUCUUCGACUUUGGUUACUGGAUGGCGAAUCGCACGCCUAUUGACAGCAAUCUCGAUGCUACCGCUGAAGCCCUUCGUGUCGAGGUUGGCCGCCUGCGCUCCUUUAUCAUAGUCCAUGGUCAGAAGAAGAUGGCCAUCUCUCUCCAGAUCAGGAUUGCUGGAAUUCUGCUGUACACUCUGGAGCAGCUGGUCCAAUAUGCAGGAGAUAUCCAGACUAACGCUGCUGUACCCAUUCCGCAAUACUCUGGUCUUAGUCUCCAGGACAGAAGUUUGCUUCACAAGCUGAUCGAUCGCAACUCCCCGAUCGUCUUUGUGCUGCCUGUGCUCGACCUCCUUGAUUCGAAAGUUCUGUACGGUGACAUGAUUCAGGAGAGGGUCGAGGCUCUGGCGGACAAACUGAGAAGUGGCGAGGAACCUUGUCCGCCAGAAUACAUCCGAUUGCUGGAACGUGUUGUUGGACUUGACGAA